AUAACAUCAUGGCAAACACCACAUGUCCAUAGUAAACAUCUCCUGCGUUGAACUAUAGACUUAUAAAUAUAAUUUCACCAUGGAAUCUGCAACAAACAUCACAACUGAGGCGACUGCUACUAUGGACUGUGAUGGAAACACAGAGGUGUUUGAGAAAGUGAAAUCAAAGAAGACGCAGAAACGAAAGCGCGAUGCGGGUCCAGUGGACAUGGAGUCGGACACUGUAGCACCUAAGAGACCCCAGUUCCCACCCAUAUCAGGAGACCAACUCAAGGGAGGUGCAGAUGAAAUGCGUAAAGUGCCUGUGCCUGCUCACCGUUACACACCUUUAAAAGAAAACUGGAUGAAGAUUUUCACCCCCAUAGUAGAAAACCUGCAGCUUCAAGUCCGGUUUAAUCUCAAAACAAGAAAUGUCGAAAUUAAAACAUGCAGAGAAACACACGACAUUGGUGCCCUCACUAAAGCUUCAGAUUUUGUGAAGGCCUUUGUUUUAGGAUUUCAGGUAGAGGAUGCACUGGCACUGAUCAGAUUAGAUGAACUGUUUUUGGAAACAUUUGAUGUCACAGAUGUUAAACCUCUGAAAGGAGAUCACUUAUCCAGAGCCAUUGGCAGGAUAGCUGGCAAAGGAGGCAAAACAAAAUUCACUAUUGAGAAUGUGACAAAAACAAGGAUUGUGCUCGCAGACACGAAGGUUCAUAUAUUGGGAUCUUUCCAGAAUAUCAAAAUGGCACGGACAGCAAUAUGCAACCUCAUUCUCGGGAGUCCUCCAUCAAAAGUAUAUGGCAACAUUCGGGCCGUGGCGAGCCGUGCAGCUGAGAGAUUCUAACAUAUGAAGAUCUACAAAAAUACACAGCUCACGGGCAUGUCUCCAAUUGUUGCUGUUAAUAUACAAAGUUGUUGCCACAUUGGCAUGAAUUGUGUCUAUGAUUUGUCUGGUGAUUGAUUUGAGCACCAGUGGGCUGCUAUUGUUUGACCAAUUCCUCAAGUCAAUGGAUAUUCUCUGAUCCUUAAAAUAAACACCACAUCAGCAGAAAUGAGACACACUUUGGAUCCAGUAAUUAAUAUCAAGGAUUAAAUGUGUAUUGUUUCCAUACAGUAUCAAGUAGUCCAUAUAUCCCACAGUAAUUAAUAUGAUGCAUUAUGCAGAAUUCCAAAACUGGCAUGUAAUGUGUCGUCUUAUGCAUGUGAUCCCAUUUCAUUCUCCAAAAGAAGACACAGGUUGCAGAUAAAUAUUUUAUUCUUAUUAAAACAUGAAUACCUUUUA